AUGCAGGAUCGUCUUACUGACCUGGCUGUUGGAAACGUGCUUUCCAAUGCUGUGAACAUUGGGAACCGCUUGAAUUUAUUCAAAGCGAUCGCGCAAAUUUCUGAUGAACAAAAUCCAGUGCUCCCAGAAAGAAUUGCAGAGACGGCUGGAUACGUCCGUGAAUGGUGUAACACUCUGGCAUGCGGUAAUAUUCUGGAGGUGAAUGAGAAGGAGGAGUUUUGGAUUGCCAAGGAGAAUUUGGAGGCGCUCACCACCGACAACUUCCCACUUAUCUUCAACACCAUGCUAUCCACCGUCCUUAAACCAAUCGACACUCUUAUCGAAUGCUUCAAAAAGGACGGUCCCUAUGGCCUCGAUUACUCCGUCUACUCCGACUUUGAAGAAAUGCAGCAGAAGUUUGCCAAAGCUACCAGUGAGAAGCAUGUCAUCCCUAGCCUCGUUCCUGCUAUUGGUCAUGGAAUCCCAGACGGUCUGGUGACAGGGGUACGAGUUCUGGAUGUCGGAUGUGGAGGAGGUCUUCAUGUCAGACUGCUCGCCGAGCACUUUCCGAAUUCCACAUUUGUUGGGCUGGAUAUCACUGAGAAGGCAAUCGAGCAGGCUAAGCUUUACAAAAAAUCCGAUGGCUCUGAUUUCAAGAAUCUGGAAUUUGUCGUAGGCGAUGCUGGAAAAAUGCCAAAGGACUGGACGGAUUCUUUCGACUUGGUACUCCUUUUUGGGUCUUGCCACGAUCAAAUGCGGCCAGAUUUGUGCCUUCUCGAAGUUCAUCGUGUAGUGAAACCGGAUGGUAUCGUCGCUGUUACCGAUGUCGAUGGGUCCAGCAAUGUGCACACUGACCGUGAAACGUACGGGAAGAUGGCUGCGAUGAAGUACGGUGGAUCAAUGCUCCAUUGUCUUCCAGUUGGAAGUAAUAGUCCGGAUGCGUUGUGUUGUGGAUCUAUGUGGGGAAGAAAGAGGGCAGUGGCGUUGAUGAACAAGUGUGGGUUUGAUGAUGUGGAGAUUGUUCCGACGGAUUAUUUUCCGGGGAGCGUCUUGUAUUUGAUGAAGAAAUAA